GUUGUGAAUUGCGGACGACACCGAAAAAGUUUACCCGCAGUUUACACGGAAGCCUCGCGCGUUUUGACAGUAUUCACAACUCCGCAUCUAACAUAACUAUGUUCAAACAGAAUUCAGUAUCUGCCCUGAAUGUGCAACAUGGCGACCGGUCAAGAGACAGCUGUUCGGAAGCAACAAGAUCUCCAGGCGCAGUACAACAAUUACAAAACUGCGCUUCAGACACUGGCACAGAAGGUCGGCGAGAUUGAGCAAGAGAUAGAGGAGCACAAACUGGUCACGGAAACCCUGCAGCCACUACCAGGAGAACGUAAAUGCUUUCGACUUAUCAACGGUGUCCUUGUCGAGAGAACUGUGAAGGAUGUCCUUCCUGCACUGAAGACCAACUCGGACGGUCUGAAGCAGGUUCUGGAGGAGCUGUUGAAACAAUACAAGAGCAAGCAGGAUGAGAUGGACAAAUGGAAGGUAGGAAUCGUCCCCUAAAUACUCUCCGUAUCGGCUGACCAAAGGUUACAGAAGAAGCACAAUAUUCAAGUCGUUCAAAACUAGCCUGACAGGUGGUACUUGCUUGAACCAUUGCCUGGGUUUAGAGACAGUAACCUGGCUUAUCUUCGUGUGAAGAUUGAGUGUUCUGACUCUGCCUGAGAGGAGAUUGCGGUGCAUAAGGUCGAACCUGGCGUACUUUGGAAGGCGGGUGAGGAGGAUACCAUAGUCAUUACUGCUUCGGCGUGUGUGACGCAGUUGCGACGUUGAAGUGAAAGAAGCGCGGUUUAAGGUCAUGCCCAUCUGCACGAU